UUUGCUCUCUUACCUAGCACCUCACCACUUUGCAUUUAUAUUCUGAUCGAUCUGCUCAUGUUCUGUGUGGAAUCCCCAUCAGAGUUUAACCAAUAAUUCAUCGUCAAAGAUAUAGUAACUUAAACAUCACUACCAUAAUUUGGCAAGGUCGAGUUCAUCACCAACCCUAGUGUUUCUGUGGGUACGUUAUCCUGUGGCACACCAUUUCUACUAUUAAGUAACCAAGUCCAAUUGCAGCCCUUUUCAUCAUCGAUCAUGUGAGGGGCUUUUCUUCUACUUCACUAACCGUUAUAAUAGGGCUCUGGAGCUGUGAUCCUUUACUACAAGGAAGAAGAUCGAUCGACUAGCUACCUCUUUUUUUUCAUUGUUUCAUAUAUUCUCUCUAGAACAGUCAUGGCCCUAAAUAUUCCUAGUAAGAAAUCCAGGACCUUGUGCUUUUUCUUGGUCCUUAUUAUUUGUAUUGUAACUACAUUAGCAGAGCUGCAGAGAUUCGAACACCCCACAAAAGAAGAUGGAUCACUUAGUUUUCUGGUGCUUGGUGACUGGGGAAGAAGAGGAGAUUUUAACCAGUCAGAAGUUGCCUUUCAGAUGGGAAGGGUUGGAGAGAAAUUUGACAUAGAUUUUGUGGUUUCCACCGGAGACAACUUUUAUGACAAUGGGUUGAGCAGUGAACACGAUACAGCAUUUGAGGAGUCAUUUACCAACAUCUAUACACAAACGAGUCUGCAAAAGCAAUGGUACAGCAUUUUAGGCAACCAUGAUUAUAGGGGUGAUGCAGAGGCUCAGCUCAGCCCCCAGCUAAGGAAGAUUGACAGAAGAUGGCUUUGCUUAAGGUCUUUCAUUGUCGACGCAGAAUUAGCAGAGAUUUUGUUUGUAGACACCACUCCUUUUGUCGAUAUGUACUUCACAAGCACAGAGGACCAUACUUAUGACUGGCGAGGAAUUCCUUCUCGCAAGGCUUAUAUUCAAACCCUGUUAAAGGAUGUUGAGUUAGCACUGAAAAAGUCAUCUGCAAAGUGGAAGAUAGUUGUUGGACACCAUGCAAUCAGAAGUAUUGGGCAUCAUGGUGAUACACAGGAGCUUAUAAAUCACCUUCUCCCAAUUCUUCAGGCCAAUGAUGUGGACUUCUACAUGAAUGGGCACGAUCAUUGCCUAGAACACAUCAGUGACAACAAAAGCGGAAUACAGUUUCUGACGAGUGGAGCAGGAUCCAAAGCAUGGAGAGGAGACAUGAAGAAUGAGGAGGCUUUGAACAAACAAGGCCAACUGGUGAACUUCUUCUAUGAUGGUCAAGGCUUCAUGUCUGUGCAGUUGAAUCCCACUCAAGCAGAGAUCGCUUUCUUUGAUGUCUUUGGCAACGUCAUACAUUCAUGGACUGCUUUCAAGCUGCUUCACCCAUCUAUUUGA